AUGGAAUUCGGCUUUCCUGACAUUGGGACAAUUAAGGGAACCCCAGACGACAUGUCAGACUACAGCCUGUAUUUGUCUGUCCUGCUGGACGAACCUGUGCCCAAUAAAGAAGAUUUCAUCGAAAAAAUGAAAGAAGACGACGACGAUAUCGUUAUUGUUGGAGUCGGAGGGAAGUUCCCUGGGGCUGACAACAUUGACGACUUUUGGAGGGUUUUGCGUAAUGGCGAGAACCACGUAAUUGAGAUACCUCCGGAAAGAUGGAACCUGGAAGCCUUUUACCACGAAGAUCCGGACGAGCCCGGAAAAACCUACGUCAGGAAAGCUGGUCUACUGAAAGGAUAUGACCAGUUCGACAAUAAACAAUUUGGCAUUAGUGACAUUGAGGCUGCACGGAUGGACCCCCAACAGCGCUAUGUCCUGGAUUGUGUACACAUGGCUCUUGAAGAUGGUGGUAUUACGAAAAAUGAGAUAUUUGGAUCACAGACUGGAGUGUAUAUAGGUGCGAUGAAUGAUGACUAUAGAAUCACAUGUUGUGAUGACCUAACGCGGACUUCCAACUACACACUGACAGGAGCCUCGCCUUCUAUUAUAUCGGCACGGGUGUCUUAUACCUACAAUCUACUAGGUCCAGCCAUGUCCAUAGACACCGCUUGCUCUUCAUCCCUUGUCGCAAUCCAUGAAGCAGCAAAAGGCAUCAAAUGUGGUGACUGUGAAAUAGCUAUUUGCGGUGGAGUAAACUGCAUUCUGUAUCCGGAUAUGUCCGUACCACUCAGCAGAGCUCGGAUGGUAUCACCAACUGGACAGUGCCAGGCUUUCUCCAACAAAGCGGAUGGUUAUGCUCGAGGCGAGGGUUGUGGAAUUUUGAUUUUGAAAACAAGAAAACAGGCAAGACUUGAUGGCAGUAAAAUUUGGGCUUCCAUAUCAACUGGAAUCAACCAGGAUGGUCGAACAACGACACCCAUUACCGCUCCUUCUACGCUGCAACAGAUGAAUCUUCUUGAGCAAAUAUACAGAACCAAAGGGAUUGACCCGAGGAAGAUUCAGUACAUUGAAGCUCAUGGUACAGGUACUCCAGUGGGCGAUCCCAAAGAGGCAAAUACCUUGGGAAAAUUCUUCGCAGAAAUCAGCGAUGUAGAUGAUGAAUGCCGACCUGCUGUUCCCAUCGGUUCAGUGAAGACUAACAUUGGUCACCUAGAGUCUGCAGCUGGUGUGGCCGGCGUUAUAAAAGUACUGCUGAUGAUGAAACAUGGUAAGAUUGUUCCAUCACUUCACGUUCGUUCACCAAAUCCUAAAAUUGAUCUGGAAAAUUACAAUUUAGAGAUAGCUCAAACCCUUGCAGAUUGGCCAUGUCCUUCCGAUGAUAGAUUCAGGUUGUCGUGCGUCAACUCUUUUGGAUUUGGCGGAACCAAUAGCCAUGCCAUCAUCAAGCAAGAAGAAAACAAAGUACCUUUAUGUACAGAGAUCAACAAAAACGACACAGUACAACAUAUCAUCACUGUGUCCGGAAAGGAUAAACUGUCACUUAAAAGGAAUCUUCUGCACAUGCAGCUGAAGGUGAAGGAAGCCAAAUAUCACAUCGAGGACAUUUCCUACACAUCAACCUGCAGACGGGACCAUUACCAAUAUCGAGUUGCUUUUCAGGCUUCUUCAUGCGAUGAUAUUCCAAAACUCUGUAACGAUGAGAUCCGACAGCUAGAUUCUAAGAAACCGACGACAUCAACAAAACCAAACAUCGUUUUUGUCUUCUGUGGUGUCGGAACAACAUGGCCAGGGAUGUGCAGAGAACUAAUAAGAACAGAAGAGGUUUUCCGUGAUACCAUACAGCGAGUCGAUCAAUUCAUGUCUCCUCUAACUGGAUGGUCAAUUAUGGAGAAGCUAAUAGAUGCAUUUGAUGUGAGCGACCCACUUGUUUGUCAUUUGGCAAUAUUCACCUGUCAGGUUGCGCUUACCGAAUUAUGGAGUCAUUACGGAGUGAAACCUGAUGCGGUUGUUGGCCAGUCAGUUGGAGAGGUGGCGGGCGCUUACGCGGCUGGAGCUCUUACCCUCGAAGAAGCCGUUAAGGUGAUCUACUAUAGGUCAAAAUCGCUUUCAAGCGCAACUGGAGGUGCUAUGCUAGUUAUUAGCAAUUGUGAUAGGUCCAUUGUGGAAGAGUUAUGUCAGAAGUACAACGGAAAGGUAAACGUGGCUGUCUAUAGUAGUCCAUUUGCAUUCACAUUAUCUGGGGACAACGAUGCUGUAGACCAGCUGAUGCAGGAAAACGUCUUGAACAAUGACAAAGUACUGCUCAGGAAAUUGAAAGUCUCAUGUGGGUAUCAUAGUCACCAUGUAGACAACGCCAGCAAGCUUCUGGAAAAGAACCUGAAUGGAUUCAAUGCCAGUCGACAACCGACAGCAUGUACUCUUAUUUCAACGGUGACUGGCAGAGAGGCAGGACCUGAUGACUUUUCCACUUCACGCUACUGGAAACGAAAUGUGAGGGAACAAGUUUUAUUCGGACAGGCCAUCAAAGAAGCAACUGCCAAUGACAACUCAAACAUCUUCAUAGAGAUCGGGCCGAAGCCUGUAUUGAAAUUCCAUUUGUCAAAUAUCAUUGAAAAGCAGAACGCAGUCGUCGUGGCUUCUAUGCUGGAAAAAAAGGAGCUCGCCACUAUGAGGCUUGCAGUAAUGACACUCUACCAAAAUGGAAUAGAGGUUGACUGGAAAAACGUUGUGAGUACCGCCAGGCUAACAGAAAUCCCUUCAUGCCAGCUGAACCCAGCCGAACCACAUCUUUUCCAGUCUAAUAUAACACUGUUAUAUUACGCUGGGGUGAAAAGUCCGCAUUUUCAACAUUUGUUUGUAGAAAGAGUCGGAGGAAAGAAAAUGCAAUUUCAGAUGAACAUGUCACCAUCAUCAACAUGGUUUCUCUACGAGCAUGUAGUGUCUGACACAAUCAUAGUACCAGGAGCAUUGUACUUGGAAGUUGCAUACGAAGUUGGAAAACACAUAUUUCAACAAGGGGAAAUGGUGAUGGACAUUUCCGCAAAAUAUCUACAUCCAUUGAACCUUUCUAAGGGAGAACGCUUAUCAGCGGACAUCAUCGUAAAGAAAAGUGAUGACGUUCGAACCUGGUCGCUUGCAAUAUACAACAAAAAAAUAAAAGUUGCCGAGUGUCAGAUUCGGUCGGAGAAGCCAGAAGGAAGGACUAGCAUAGAUAUAGACACCAUCCGCAGACGAUGUGUGAGUAUGCAGUCUGCUUCAGAGACAUACGGUACCCUCCAGAGGCUUGGAUUCACAUAUGGGAAAGAUUUGCACAUCUUAGGGAACGCCCUUAAAAACGACACAGAGUGUUUAAUGGAAAUUGAGCUGUCUGAGGCCAUUAUGAAGGAUACGUCAUGUACACAUAUACACCCUGCCGUCUUGGAUGGUCUUCUCCAAACACCCGCUGUACUCAAUAACGUAAUAGAAAGCAGUAAGACUCUAUUACCAGCAGGAAUGAGUAGCUUUCGUUUGCACCAAAAGCCAGAAAGAAGGAUGCUUGCAUUUACCUCUUUGUCUUGUCAAUCGGAUAGUGACUUCCGGUACAAUGCUCUACUGAUGACACCUGAUGGAAACAUAGUUGCCGAAGUAAAAGAUUAUGUCAUUAACUGCAUUGAGAUAGAACCAAAUUUGGACAACCAUUUCCUGUACGAAGUACAGUGGGAAGAAAUUGACAUGUUUCCGAAAAAGACACAGCAAACGCAACCAGCAGAAACCACCAAACAAAAGUCUCUAUUGAUAUCGUCUUCGGAAUCAGCUGAAACAGUUAUUCUGUCAGAGUUGAACCUAAGUAAAGUAGUUAGAAUUGAUGUGAAAGAUAAAAACUUCAAACAGAAAGUAACAAAUCUGCUCGAAAUGAAAGGUCCGGAUUCUAUCAACUCGGUUCUGUUUAUAGCAGACGCCGCCAACUGCAGUCAAAUGAACGGAGAGCAAAUCAUGCAAGAAGUGUUUGACAACUCUGAAGCAUUAUUGUGUUUAUGCAAAGUCCUAGAGAUGCAAAACGAUACUCAAUUACCUGUUCUUAUUAUCACCGAAAAGGUUCAGUCAGUGAGAAACAAAGCCAGCACUGUGCAGAACGUAAUAGGAUCUGAACUUUGGGGGAUUGCUAGAACAGUUGUACGUGAAUGUCCACUUAACUUGACACUUAUUGACAUACACACCACUUUGCGAUCCAGCUGUCCUGUUCUUCGAGAUAUUUUGAUAUUUCAGUCUCCAAUUCUCUGCAAUGAUUGUUGCGAAUUGCUGAUUACCGAAAACAGUCUAUAUUGCAACAGGAUUGUGAAAUUGCAGGAAAAACUCGAUCCAUAUAGGUGGAACUCAUUAACCGAUGGAGACCCUGUUCACCUAAAAAGUACCAAACCGGACGAUAUUGAAGAAACAUUCUACACUUUACAAUCAGAAGAGGAACUUGAGUCGGGAGUGCAAAUGCAUGUGGACACAGCUGUUUUGCAUGACCAAAACUUCUCUCCGCUAACAUUACAGUCCGCUGAUAAUGAUGUUCCAGUUUGGCAGGACGACAAGGAGGAUGGAUACGACAUUUUGACGUAUGAGGUUUGCGGUACAGUGAAGGAAGAAUCAAAGCAAAUCGCAUCAGGAAAGACCUCAAUCAAUUUGGAAGAGAAAUACGUUGCUUGUUCAGCACUUACUGUGCAAAAGGAAGUCACCAUUUCCAAGGACUGUUUGCUGAGAAUUGAUGACAAGCCCAAUUACUGUCCGGGUCUUCUUACACGUGUUGCAAUGCUGUUACAGAUGAAAGAACAUCUGUUCAAAGGGAACACCAUGAUUCUGGCUGAACCAGGAGAAGUAUUUGCUGAAAUUCUGCAAACUAUGCUUUUGGCAGUGAAAGAAGGGUCAGCGACCAUCAGGUCCAUUGUUGAUCUUGAUGCUACUCCAAUCACUGAAGUCACAAAUUUGAUCAUUCUUCAACCAACAGAUUUUUCAAAGUUUGGCAAUGCAUUACGUCAAUUCAGAGAUAUACAACUCGUAGUUGCAACAAAUAUGACACUAGCAAGUCAUGGAAUGAGGUCUGUACAGAAUAGAUACCCUUCGGUAUGUUUUAAAGUACUAAACACAGAACAAAUGCUUAGUCAGAAUACGCUCAGAAAGAUUGUUCCUCAAGCAGUGAGAUGGCUCCAGAAUAACUUUCCCAAACUAAACGAUUUCGGUGGAAAAGUACCAAAAGAGAGAAUAGCGUUGCUGCCAUCUCGAAACAACAUCGAACCAAACGCGCGAGUCAAAGUGACACAAAAUCAACUAUUUCGGAAGAACCGGUGCUAUGUCGUGGUAGGUGGAUUGACGGGAUUAGGAUGGGAAAUUGUUCAGUGUAUCGCAGCUGCAGGUGCUGGAAAGAUCGUGACAUUUUCCCGGAAGUCCCCGGACGCGCAAAGGAAAAGUGAUAUUGCCGCUUUAAUGGCUAAACAUAUGGUGCAGGUUAUGCCUCUCGCAGUUGACAUCAUCAACAAGACAGCCUUGGAAGAAGCAUUUGACAAGAUUGAUGGAAAAUUUGGCAAAGGAGCAGUUAAGGGAAUCUUUCAUGGAGCAGCUGUAUUAGCAGACGGAAUGUUCACUAAAAUGACUGAAGAUAUGCUAAGGAGAGUCCUUUUACCAAAAGUCCUCGGAACAUGGAAUCUUCACGAAGUGUCGAAAAGAUACACAUUAGAUUACUUUGUCCUCCAUUCAUCGAUAACAGCAAUCUUUGGGAAUACGGCACAAAGUAACUACGGAGCUGCGAACGCAUUUAUGGAUACUCUCGCUCAAUACAGGGUGGCCAAAGGAUUGCCAGGCCAAGUAAUCAACUGGGGACCUCUGCCAUUAGGUUUACUUGAGCACAUGGCAGUGCGAGAACAGCUCCAGAAGCACGGAUUUAUCUGCUUAGAUGAGAAAUACAUACACGAAUACUUCGUCAAAUCACUCAUGAUGGGCAGGAAUCAGAUGAUCAUCGGCUCCUUUGUUUGGAAAGACAUUGAAGAGCAUUUCGUGGAUGCCAUUCCUCUAAGAACCAGAAAAAGAUUCAGACAUGUCAUUGGCAACGGAGAGAGCCUAAUGAAUUCAAACACUUUGCGACCGACUGGAAAGUAUGAUAUAACGAACUGUGAAGGAUUGACCGCCUGUGUGAAGGACAUUGCUGCACAGGUCUUACAAAUAGAUGAGGAGAUGAUCGAAAACUCUUCCACUCUGUCCUCCCUUGGGUUUGACUCCAUGCAGGCAAUUACUUUCACGAAAUCCAUUCGCGAUUUGACGACUUACAGAAUUCCUAUUGUCCGAUUGCUAAACGACUCAACUACCUUUUCGGAUAUAGUCGACUACCUUCUGAAUUUAUCACAAACACCUACAGACGAAAAAGAAAUACAGGACGUCGAAGAACUCCCGGAAGAUGCAAUAUUGGACAAUAUCCAACAACCUGAACUUGUUUAUUGA